AUGAGUGGCACAUCCCGGCGGACGACUGGCGAUCGCCACUCCCCGAUGCCGACAAGAGCCUUGGCCGCGGCCCUGUUCCUGUCGCGUGCUCCGCUGGCCCUGCUGCUCGCGCCGCUGCCCAAGGCGGCCAACCGGCGGUUCGCCUUCUCCUUCGUCGCCGUCGCCGUCGUCGCCGCCAAGAUCGUCCACGUCGUUGCCCGCGAGAGGGCGCUGCUGCGCCGCGACCUGGUCGGCUGGAUGCUCUCCUUCUUCCUGCAGGACUUUGUCCUGCUCCUCGCCCUCCGCUUCCUGACCGAGUGGUCGCACAACGGCGGCGGCGCGAGGCGGAGCGUCCUGCUGCGCGUGCUGGCCCGGUUCGUCAACUCGACCGUCAGCUUGUUCUCGGCGGUCAUCUCUGUGGUCAGCAUCACCUUCUUCCUCUACGCCAGGGCCGAGGUCCGCUGGCGCGACGUCGCCUUUGCCGGUGACUCGGGCUCCCGCGGCGUGCUCCUGUCCGGUCUCGUGACGCUCUUGACGGUGCUCGGCGGCAUCACGGCCAUUGCUGGCUUCUUCCAGAAUGGCAUCUUCAUGAUUGGAGGAGCCGCUAUCGACGCCGUAAAAUGGCCCUUCCAGUCCCUCGUGCGACGGUAUCGAGCCGAGUCCGGCCAUGCCUUUUCCCGAGUCCCCUCCGAAGCCCUCGACGACCCUUUUAUCAGCACCGGGGAGAAAAGAGACGAUAGCCUGCGCGAGUCUGCAGUAGAGAGCCGAUCCUGGCGCCUCGUCUGGAGUGGGUUCAUUGUCCUCCAGGUGCUCUUCUCUCUACUGCGUCCCAACGAGGGUGCCUUGAUCUUCAUGUCCUGGACAACGCCGCUCAUUCCUUUUGUCGACUUUAAGGAGUCGGCUUCGAUCCUGCGCGACAUUAGCCCAUACAACAAUGUGGGUAUUAAUUACGAAUGGGACGAUUUAACGGCUCUUGACAAGCCAAUCCGAUUUGACUGGCUGCCGCAAGAUACCGUACUCAAAGGCUUCGAGGACUGGUACGAGGAGGGCCGUCCACACUACAACGCCAAGGCCGAUCCCCUCAAGAUCUCCAACAUGGACCAGGAACUAUUACCCGGGCUGAAAGAGAGCCUGUCCAACAUGACCAUCAAGCACAUCGUCCUCGUCGUCCUGGAGAGCACCCGAAAAGACGUGUUCCCGCUGAAGAGGGACGACCUGAUAUGGCGACGAUUCGAGGAGGCGGCUCCUCACAACCAGCUGCCCGGGGAAUCCGUGGCCCGCCUCGAGACGCUGACCCCGACGGCCAACUACCUCACCGGCGACUACGACGACGGCUUCGAGCACGAAAACACCACCCGCCGCGGCGGCCUCAACUUCAAGGACGCCAACACGGCCUCGACCUACACCCGCAAGAGCAUGGUCGGCACCAUGUGCGGCGUGUGGCCGCUCGUCGCCGACUUCAACAAGGAGCACGCGCACCACAUCUACCAGCCCUGCCUGCCGCAGAUCCUCGAGGCCUUUUCGCGUCUCGACCAGGACGACCCCGCCGAGAACCCGUGGCGCUCGCAGUACCUGCAGUCCGUCACGCUCAGCUACGACCACGCCGACGAGAGCACCGAGCAGUUCGGCUUCCCGCGCGACAACAUCGUCGGCGCGCGCUACCUGCGCUCCAACGCGGCCAAGUUUGGCCGCGUCGACCUGCCCGACAUCAACUACUUUGGCAUGGAGGAGGCGCCGCUGCUGGACUAUGUGCGGGACGCCUUCGCCACGGCGCGGGAGAGCGGCGAGCGUGUUUUCAUGACGCACCUGACGAGCACGACGCACCACCCGUACGCGAUCCCCGCGGAGGAGGCGUACGUGCCGCUGGCGACGGGCCGGUGGGACGACCUGUCGCACUACGUCAACGCGGUUGGGUAUGAUGACCGCUGGCUGGGGAGGAUCCUGGGGGUGCUGGACGACGAGGGCGUGGCGGGGGAGACGCUGGUGGUGGUCACGGGGGAUCACGGCAUCAGCCUGCCGGAGAACAACACGCCGGCGUCGUACCACAACCCCAACGCGGGGUGCAACCACGUGCCCGUGGUCAUGUCCCACCCGGGCCUGCCGCCGAUCGACGUCGACGACGCGGUGAGCACCAUGGAGAUCCUGCCCACCGUGCUGGACCUCCUCCGCGAGACGGGCUCGCUGUCAAGGGCCGCGAGCAAGGCCGCCGGCGACUUGCUGGCCAACUACGAGGGCCAGUCGCUGAUCCGGCCGCUGCGGAACUCGGCCUACCGGGCGGACGGCCACGACCCGGACGAGGAGGACCUCCGCGGGUGGCAGUUCGUGGUGAUGAACCCCGGACGGGCGAUGCUUGGCGUGCGCGACCGCCGCCGGCCGACGUGGCGGCUGGUCGUGCCGGUGAUCCACGACGUCGAGUGGCGGUUCACGGACCUGGCGACGGACCCGACCGACACGGACUCGGUGCAGGCGUUUGAGUUCCCCGCGUUCCUGGACAAGGUGCAGCGGCAGCACGGCAAGGAGCCGGCGCGGUGGGCGGAGGAGGGCGCCUUCAUCGCGCGCUGGUGGGUGGAGGAGAACAACAAGAGAUACGAGUACGGGCCGUACGCGGCCGAGCCGACGGCCACGUGA